AUGCGGUUUCUCCGAAUUCUCCCAGUUCUCCUCUCCGCGGUGGUGUUCGCGGUACCCGUCGACGACACUAAAGGAGGUAUUCUCAACCCCGCCUGGGAACCUCUGGGGCUUCAGCCAGGUGCCUUGGAACGUCGUGACUAUCCUCACCCAAUAUACUGCAAGAAAUGCGACGAUGCAUAUUACAAAUGUUGGGAACGGUGGCGUGACUCCCUGAUCUGCUCCGGAUAUGCAUGUCAGUCUGACAAGGAGAUCUGUGGAAAACAGCGCUAUGGUUGUGGAUAUUCCUGGGCGUGCCGGGAAACGGAGGAAGGAAAUCAAGGCACACGGGCUAUCCAAGAGGCUCACGAGAAGCGAUCUCUCAACCCAAGCCCCACUGACUCCGAUGCCUCCGAUGCCUCUAUGGGAACCUCUACCGUCAGUGCCGCGGAGCCUCGAGUUGAUCGCGCCCUUUGCGGAAUGUGCGAUGAGGUCUACAAGGCUUGCUUUGCCAAAAGUAGCAGUUCCUAUGAAUACUCUAAAAAGGCAUGCUUUUCUUCUCCGUACUCUUCAGACACGCAUCACACAUGCGGAUACGAGGGGGCCUACAUUCUGCACAGCAUCCCGGACACUGUCAAGCGAGCAGAAGUAGCAGCUCCACCACCGGAUGAGCCAGAAUAUUGCAAAAUCUGCAAUGUCCUUCAUGAGGGUUGCAUGCGCAAAGGUGGUGACGAUUUAGGCUGCACCCAAUUCGUAUGCAGUGCGGUAAUAUGGUGUCGAAUCUCGGCAUUUCGCUGCUUCACGAGCAUUAUGUGUCAGGUGCCGUUCAACCCGACGCAUAUUCCGGAUUCCACGCUGGACGCUCCACGCUAA